GCGAUACCUCGGCAAAGUGGUUUGUAUCGUCUAGAUCCUCGUUCUGAGUUCGUGUUUCAUGGUAGACACCACCAGACCUGAAAAUGGCGACUCGUCUGCUAAGGAUUAGUUCCGCGCUGCGAACUUAUUCGAAUAAAACCAGUCACGUCAAGAUCUCCAAGCAAUGGAGGUCCACUGCAGCAUCGCUUCAGCAGACGUUGAUCAAUCAGCCUGCCACAAAGACCACGACCUUUGAAAAUGGCAUGCGAGUUGCCAGCGAAGACAGCGGCGCUGCUACGGCAACCGUUGGGCUGUGGAUCGACGCCGGAAGUCGGUAUGAAGACGACAAGAACAACGGAGUUGCUCACUUUAUGGAACACAUGGCUUUCAAGGGAACUGCCAAACGCUCCCAGACAGACCUGGAACUGGAAAUUGAGAACAUGGGAGCUCACUUGAAUGCCUACACGAGCAGGGAACAGACUGUGUUCUAUGCAAAAUGUUUGUCCCAGGACGUGCCAAAGGCGAUCGAGAUCCUGAGCGAUAUAAUCCAGAACUCUAAGCUAGGCGAGAGCGAGAUUGAGAGAGAGAGGGGAGUGAUUCUCAGGGAAAUGCAGGAGGUGGAGACAAAUCUGCAGGAAGUCGUGUUCGAUCACUUACACUCAGUUGCCUACCAGGGAACUCCGUUGGGCAGAACCAUUCUUGGACCGACUGAAAACAUCAAGAGCAUCACCAGGAAUGACCUUGUUACCUAUGUCAAGAAUCACUACAAGGCCUCAAGGUGCGUGCUGGCUGGUGCAGGCGGCGUUGACCAUGCGCAGCUCGUUGAUCUCGCUAAGAAACACUUCAGCGGUUUGGAUAACAAAAUCGAGGGAGAAAUCCCACUAAUUCAUCAUUGCCGCUACACCGGAUCAGAAGUCCGUGUCCGUGACGACAGCAUUCCUCUGGCUCAUAUAGCUAUUGCUGUUGAAGGCGCGGGAUGGACCGACGCUGACAACAUUCCCCUGAUGGUCGCCAACACUUUGAUGGGUGCUUGGGAUCGUAAUCAGGGCGGUGGAGCUAACAACGCUAGUAAUUUGGCCAAGGCCUCAGCCGAAAUGGGACUAUGUCACAGCUAUCAGAGCUUUAAUACCUGCUACAAGGAUACAGGACUGUGGGGAGUUUACUUUGUUUGCGACCCAAUGCAGUGCGAACUAAUGCUUUACAAUAUUCAAAACGAAUGGAUGCGUCUCUGCACUAUCGUCACUGAACGCGAAGUUGAACGGGCCAGAAAUAUCUUGAAGACAAACAUGCUCCUUCAAUUGGACGGAACUACCGCGAUUUGCGAAGACAUUGGCAGACAGAUGCUGUGUUAUAACCGUCGCAUACCUUUGCACGAACUUGAGAAGAGGAUAGACAGUGUUACCGCAAAGAACAUUCACGACAUUGGUAUGAAGUACAUCUAUGAUCGUUGUCCCGUCGUCGCAGCUGUUGGUCCAGUUGAAAACCUCCCAGACUACACUCGUAUUCGUCAGUCGAUGUAUUGGCUCCGAGUAUAAACGUAUGGCCAGAGUCGCAAGUCGCCACUAAUAACGUAACUCUUAGCCACAUGCAUAUAUAUCACAGUAAAAUUGUAGAAUGCAGUAUCAAGUACGUACGCUAAUCAUUUUGCGGUGAAGUUGGACUUAAACAAAUUGAUACAAUUUUACAUGUUUACUGUGAGGAUUAAGCAAAAUAGUUUGCUGAUGUAUGUAUGUACAUUGUCUUGUUUAAAUUUGAAUGUCAUGUAGUUACAACCCUUCGAGAAAUUACGUCGCAUUUCGUCAUUAACUCGAGACAGUGUAUGAAUAUAUUAAAUAGAUAUUUAUAUAAUUGAAA